AUGGGCGAGACAUACACGAGGAGGAUAUUUUAUAAAUUUCAGAAUGAAUUAUUUGAAGGAUUGGAUUAUGUUGCAGAAGGUGAAAGGGAAAAUGAUGAUAUUUAUGUCUAUAACGUAUUCAAAGUUGCAAGCUUGGAAGAAAACGACUGCGACCGAGUGGUUAGAUAUGAAGUGAGUAAAAAACAUGCUGAUUGUAGUUGUCUCAAAUUUCAGUUCGAAGGUAUACUGUGUAGACAUAUAUUAUGUGUACUUCGACAUGUUCGUAUACCUAUAUUGCCAGAGUAUUACAUUUUGAAGAGAUGGACACGGUAUGCAAGAGUAGGUUCUAUUCACGACAACGACGAGGUAGCAAUCAAGCCAGAUUGUGAUGAUUCCACCUCACUACGUCAUAGUGAUUUAUCUCAGAUUUGCCGAUUACUUGUCGAUGAAGGGUCUUCCUCAAAACAAGGGUAUCUCUUGGCUAAGGAAAGGUUGUAUGACAUUUUAAGGGAUGUUCGAAGUAUAGAGUCGGAACCAUGUGCUGAAAUUAUAAGAAAACCAGCAAGGAAGCCAACUAGAAAGCAGAAAAUGAAAAUCAAUGAUCCAAAACCUACCAAAACGAAAGGAACCAGAAAGAGAAUGAUAUCCGAGAGGGAAAAGGGUUUUAAAAAGAAAAAGGAUCAAAGAAGAUGCAAUGGUUGUGGUAAGCGUGGAAAGAAGCAUGACAAAAGAAAUUGUCCAGCAUUAUAUGAUACACGUACUUCUGUUAUAGAGCAUGGAGCACAAGGUUUCGAUCGAGAAGUUUCUUAG